UCUACUGAAACCUGUGUAAAUACAUCAGCGGUCCCAACAUCAGCGCAAAACUGCGGCUAAUUUUUGGUAGGAUAAUCAUACCGAACAACAUACACGAGGGAUGUUGCGGCGUCCCAAGCCCACUGACUCUGAGGCAGACCUCCUGAGAGAGCAGGAGCUGUUUCUGAACUCUGGAGCCUCCUCUAAGGUCAAUGUGGUCCGCCGUCCAGACAAGAGGAGGGGGGAGGCUGGAGGAGGAGGAGGAGGAGGAGGAGAAAAUAGUGGGGAGCAUGGAGGAACUCAGAGAGAUGUGGUCACCAUAGCAGAUCUUCCUGACCAGCUCCCUACUCUGACGCCGGCGCCUCCUAAAAAGUCUCGCUUUAAAGCCAACUCUGUCCGCUUCGAGGAGGAGGACCCUGAAGAGCGGCUGGACAGACAGGACACACACAUCAGUGCUGUUCUGUCCAGGAUCAUUGAGAGAGAUACCAGCUCGACACCAGUCUCUCUACCACCAUUCACAGGAACCGCUUUCCCCAAAGUGCUGCGCCUUUCAGAGGCAGAUGGCCAGGUGCCACUACCUGCUGGGAAGAGGAGCAUCUUCGCCCGUCAGAUUGCAGCUCAGAGACUUAAGGAGGGCAAGACUCUGUUACACUGCGCACCUAAAGCUGAGACCAAAGGCCAGAGCCUCCCUGCUGAGACUAGUAUGGAUACAGACCAGCCUCUUGCUACUACAUGUGACCGGCCGAGUGCAGCUUCAGGUCCCUGGCUGGUGUCUGGUCAGGGGCUGGGGGGCCCGGACAGCCCAGCUGAGACCAUGAGGAUCCACCGGGAGAAUGAGGCCAAGCUCCAGGCCAUGUCUGAAUCAGAGAUAAGAGAGGAGCAGAAGAAACUACUGUCUCAGCUUGAUCCUAGACUGGUAGAGUUUGUUAGAUCCCGCAAAGCCCAAAGCGUCCCACCCUCUACUACCCCAUCCAAAUACCCCGAGGACAAAAGAGACCAGGAAGAGUGUCUUCCUAAAAAUGUUGACAAUGAGUCAGACUCCUCCAGCGCUGCUGGCCUGCAUCAGAAACCCCUGGAAGUAGAGAUGGAGGGAGUGGAAGAGGAUGAGCAGCCACCACCUCCUCCUUUAACAGAGAAGGAGCUGCCGGUGAAGCCUCAGAAGGAAUGGGUCCACAUGGACAAACUGGAGCCAGAGAAACUUGAAUGGACAAGAGACCUGCCUGCUCCCAGGAGGAAAGGAACCAAGAAGGCUAUGCAGGCCCGUUUUGACUUUGCUGGCACCUUGAUUCCACCCACAGAGGACCUGCCCACCCAUCUGGGUCUGCACCACCACGGAGAGGAGCCUGAACUGGCAGGUUACUCCCUCCAAGAGCUCUUCCUCCUGUCUCGGAGUCAGGUCAUUCAGCAGAGGAGCCUGGCCCUCAGCACUAUUGCCAGCGUCCUCGCAAAGGCACGUGCUGGUGAAUAUACAUCAGUUUUGAGAGGGAACAUGACGUCCACUCUGCUAGAUGCUGGUCUUCUCUUCCUGCUCCGCUUUGCACUGGACGACAGCGUGGAGGGAGUGAUGUCUGCGGCUGUGCACGCGCUCCGAGCUCUGCUGGUGUCUCCAGAAGACGAGGAGUGCAUGGACAGCACCUUCUCUUGGUUCCGUGGCCUGGCCUCCUUCCCUCUGCUGCCCUCCUCUCAGGAAGAGGAAGAUGAAGACAAUGAAGGGCUGGAGGAGAACAUGAAGGAAACUGUCAAGGAGAAGGAGGAGAGGAAGACGGAUUAUGACGUGGCCAGGCUGGAUGUUGUCAAGGGUCUUCUUAAGAUGAAGCUUCUCCCCAGGCUGCGUUACAUCCUUGAGGUGGUCCGGCCAGCGCCGCGAGUGGUUCAGGACAUCCUGGAAGUCCUGACCCGUAUCGCGAGGCACUCCUCCUCAUCCGCCACUCAGGUGCUGGACUGCCCUCGCUUGAUGGAGACGGUGAUGUCAGAGUUCCUUCCAACUUCCUGGACGAUGCAGUCUUUGCCUCUCCCCCAGUCUGUUUAUGGACUCCCAUUGGCCAGUGCCAUGAAGCUCUUAAGGGUAAUAGCUACCUCCGGCAGACACGCCUGCGCCAGACUGCUGAACUCUCUGGGAGCGAGGGAGCGUUUGUCCCGUCUGCUGAGCGUCGAACCGAGCGAGCUGCUGCUGGAGCCGGCUGAGGCCCUCAGAAUCACCACCGAGGCCUACAGACUGUGGGCAGUGGCAGCCGGCUAUGGCCAGGCCUGCAAUCUUUACAUAGACUUGUACCCAACCCUGCUGGAGGUGCUGCUGUCUGUCCACAGGGCACUGGCCCCCUCAGACCCCCUGCUGCCUCUCCAGCUCCAGAGGGUCUUGGCUCAGCUCUCUUUUCUCACACAAGUCACACACACUGCUGGUUGCCAUCAGGAGCUCCAAGCCGGUGUGGUUAGUUCCCAGGGUUCAGAGUGCCCCCCUCCUCCUCCAGUGUCAUGGGGUCAUGUGACGGGGCUGCAGGCAUCCUUACUGGGUCACCUGAAGGGUUUAGUGAAGGGUCUUGAUAACCCAGUGGAGAAAGAGAGAAACAUAGCUCUGAUACCAUCUUAUCUGGUCUACCUGGAGGCCUACUACCAUCAGCUCUCCAGACAGAACUGUUUUAAGCCAGUAGAGACUCUUCAGGAACUGGAGCUGCUCACGUCAGAGGUUCUCCUCCCGCUGCUGUCCCACAAUGCUGUGCAAAGCCUGAUGAAGAACCUCAAGUCUUUCUCAAUAGUGUGUACAGUCCAGUCGGGGCGUCUGGGUCCAGAGAUCACAGCUAGCCUUCCUGGUUUGGCCUCUGCAGGAUGGAGGGAUCGUCCCAACCUGGCUGCUCUCCACUCCCCCUUCCCUCUUCUUAUAGGCCUGGGUCUCCUCAUGGAUACAUUAACAGGCAUCCACAAAGGUCUCAGCAGCAAAUUCAGUGGUCUCCUCCUCUCAGAGCCUGUGACUGGCUACCUGCGCAGCUGUAGUCAGGCCGUGCCCACACUGUCUCACACCAGCGCCUGGCUCCUCCGUCACGAACACCACCUCCUCUUCCUGCUGCUCCGCCUGGCACACAGACUGGUUCCUCAUGAACCAAAAGUGGCCAAACACACCUCGCUGUACCACCAGGUGGCGCUGGUCCUGCUGCCAUGGCUCUUACCAAGCAGUGAAUAUCUGGCCCAUGAGCUCCUUUCCACCAUCGUCUUUAGCAAGGAGUUCAUCUCAGAGGGCCACAGCGGCGGUCCUGAGGCUAUCGAGCUGUCGGAGCUGAAACUCUACGAAGACACCCACCACCACACGGCUCCCUCUUUCCAGACUGUGGGUGCUCUGCUCAGGGAAGCCUGCGUCCAGCUCCCCUCCAUCCGGGGCUGCUUCCUCACUCACCUGGCCCACCUCGAGGCGUCCGUCCUGGUCUCUCGAGACGCCUAUCUUGGCCGCAACCCCUGGAUCAACUCCCAGCUGCUCCCAGAGCUCACCGGCCCCACCCUGCCCUCUGAUUGGCCUUUCCUUCCGCUCGUCAGCCUGUACGAGCGAAUGGGGGUGUCCAAUGGCGGUGGGCUGCAGGUGGAGGAGCUGCCUCAGGGGGCCCUGCAGGCUGUGACUCACUGCCUGCAGUGGCUGCUGCUGCUGGAGGUCUGGAGGGAGGACGCACUCAAGGUGGUCCUCCCUGUGGCCAAGCUGGCCCGCCUGUCCUGUGUGUUCCUGUGCUCCAGUGACUUGUUCCUGGAGAGGCCCGUCCAGAAACUGUCAUGGGGUCUGCUCCGACUGCUCACCAGGCCGUCUAGACUGGACUCUUUGGACCUCGAUGUCCCUCCUCCAGGCCUGGCCUCCUUUCAGGACCUGUACUCGGCCCUUCUGGCCCAGUACGAGGCCGUUUCCUUUGGAGACCGGCUGUUUGGCUGCUGGGUGCUGCUGCCCCUGCAGAGGAGGUACAGCUCCACCCUGAGGCUGGCUGUGUUCGGAGAGCAUGUGGGAAUGCUCAGGUCACUGGGCGUCACUCUGGAGCAGCUGCCCGUGCCCUUAGAACGAUUCACCUCCCCUCCUGAAGACUCCCUCCCUCUCCUCCGUCUCUACUUUCGCUCCUUGGUAACGGGGACCCUCAAACGCUGCUGGUGUCCUGUCCUGUACGUGGUCGCUCUGUCUCACCUCAACACUUUCAUCUUCUCCCAGGACGCAGCAGCACAGGAGGUUGAAGCCGCUCGACGCAGUAUGCUGAGGAAGAUCCACUACCUGACUGAUGAGGUGUUGAGGAGCCACCUGCUGCUCUUCCGUCUGCCCCAGCAGCGCUCGGAGUUGGGCUUUGAUACCUACGAACAGCUGCCUCCCAUCAGGGCCAAGCGCCUGGAGAGCGUCCUGGGAGCGCGGGACAGCAGCGAUGGCAAAGGAGACUGAGUGGAGCAGAGAUGGCAAACGGGAGAAGACGGGAGUGAGAAAGAGAUGGAAGAAAACACAGGAGCACGAGUUGAGGAUACUGAGAAAAAAAGGAUUGCAGUGGGAGGCUAAUUGUUAUUUCACAUCCAGAGGUGUCUAGUUGAGAUGUCCCUAUUGGACUGAAAGCUUGUGUUUCCCCAAAUAGAAGAAAGCAGUGAGUGACUGUGGCGUGUUAUCCCAGAGGGAACCCAGCCUCUGUGCACCAGUGGUGUAUGUGCUGCUCACGGGCCUGGGCAAAGGAACAUUUGCAAAUAAUUUCUAGCAUUUUGUUUCUUUGAUCUGCUUCAAGCGUCACAUAGUUUGAGAAAGUUUAAACCAUCAGACAAAAGUAUUUGAAAGUCAAUUGAAUUUACUUUAUGGUUAUUGAAAACUUGCCUGAAGCCCUCCAAGUUCUCCUGACAAAGUAAACAUGAGACGUCUGCUCAAGUAAAUGUCGAAACAAAUGUUCAGAAUUAUUUGCAGAUCUUCGUUGGCUCCCGUCUGGACAGGCAGCAGGAGCCUCAGCUCUGAUGCAGUGAAGGAGACUUCAGUGUUUUUCUUUGUCCAUAAUUGUGUCAGAGUAGUUUCUCUGUGUCUACUGUGCUGGAACAACAGAUCAGGAUGAUUUUUGGCAUCGUGUAAAGUGGAGUGAUUAGCCUACUGUACAAGUGCCUGUAAAUGUCCUAAAAAAACAAACAAACAUUUUGAGUAAAACAUUCUUUUGUAA